UGAUUCGGAACGCUUCUGUAUUUCCUUGUUGACAGCUGCACUCAUGUGUAUUUUUCAACCGGCACAUUUGCUGGCGUAACUGUUUAGUUCUCUUCCUAAAUGAAUACAUCUGACGAAGAAUAUGUGGAGGAUGAAAAUGGUUUGGAAGAUUGGGGUUCUGCCGAUGAUUGUGACGUGAUCGUUGGCACACAAGAUAGCGCCAGUGCUGCCAAACCUCCAGCUGGUCGGUCGCCCGGUGGCAGACGGACACGCGUUAGAACCGCGAGCACGUCUAAAGCCUCUCCAGAUACGGUAGACCCCGUCAUGAGGACGACACACAGAACGAUCUAUACCGCGGGUCGGCCUCCCUGGUACGAUUCGCUCGGACAGCUGAAGGAAGCUUUCGUCAUAGGAAUCUGUGGUGGCAGUGCAUCGGGGAAGACGACGGUGGCGAGGAAGAUCAUUGAGGAGCUAGAUGUUCCCUGGGUGGUGCAUCUCAGCAUGGACUCCUUCUACAAGAACUUCACUGACGCAGACCGGGAGGUGGCCGCAAGGAACGAGUUCAACUUUGAUCAUCCGGAUGCCUUCGACUUUGAGCUGCUCACAGAUACGUUGAAGAAGCUGAAAAUGGGCAAGCAGGUUGAUGUGCCCAUCUACAACUUUAACACACACAGCAGAGAGACGUACAAGAAACAAUUGUAUGGAGCUAAUGUUGUCAUAUUUGAAGGAAUUCUGGCUUUUCAAAACUAUGCUGAUUUGCUGCCACUGAUGGAUCUCAAAGUUUUUGUGGAUACUGACUCUGACAUUCGGCUGGCAAGGCGGCUACGAAGGGACAUUUCUGAGCGUGGCCGAGAGUUAGAGGGUGUACUGAAACAGUACAACAAGUUUGUGAAACCGGCAUUCGAGCAUUAUAUUGCACCGUCCAUGGCGCAUGCUGACAUCAUAGUACCCAGAGGUGGAGAGAAUGAAAUAGCAUUGAAUCUUAUUGUACGGCACGUCAAUACACAGUUGCAACAGAGGGGAUUCAAGCACAGAUCAAAGUUAGCAUGUUCUCACAAUGGUGGGUCUCCGCCUACAAGUCUACAUAUACUAGAGAACACACCACAAGUUCGAGGCUUACACACAUUCAUAAGGGACAAGGAUCUGCCGAGAGACCAGUUCAUAUUUUAUUCCGAACGGUUGAUGAGGUUGCUGAUAGAGUAUGCACUCUCCUAUCUACCCUUCAAGGAUGUAGUUGUGGAUACUCCACAGGGAAAGCCGUAUGAAGGACGAAUGAUGGACACGAAGAAGGUCAGUAUCUGCGGUGUCUCGAUACUUCGAGCUGGGGAGACAAUGGAACCAGCCAUCUCCAGCGUCGUAAAAAAUGUAAGACUCGGAAAGAUCCUGAUCCAAACAAACCUCGAUACGGGAGAGCCAGAGCUGUACUACCUGCGUCUACCGAGGAACAUUAAGGACUACCACGUGCUGCUCAUGGAUGCGACCGUGGCAACGGGAGCAGCGGCCAUGAUGGCCAUACGUAUAUUGCUCGACCACGACGUAUCCGAAGACCAGAUUAUGCUGCUGUCUCUUCUCAUGGCCGAAUCAGGUGUGCACUCGGUCGCCUACGCCUUUCCAAAGGUGAAGAUCGUGACGACGGCUGUCGACCGCAUACUCAACGACCAGUUUCAUAUCGUACCGGGAAUAGGUAACUUUGGCGAUAGGUUCUUUGGUACAGACACUGACAUCAUUGUGGGAACUGCCCCCACACCCUCGCCACUACACGAGUUGUAGUGAAUGAAUCAUAGCAGAUGAUCACAAUCUUCAAUGCUUCUGCAUCGACAGUAAUGUCUGUCUGCACCAGCGCGAAGGUUGAACAGGCACCGUAUGGAUCAGCUUCUAGUCUUGGGGUAGUGCUAUUGUGCAACAAAGCCCACAAGUCUGGCUGCAUAGUGCAUACUAUAUAGAUAACUCGAUUGUGAGGUGUCAAACAAUUUCCUGUGAUACGUUGCACGAUGAUUACAGCAUCUGUAGUUGGAGCGUAAGGUUUUACCUUCAGUUGCUCAAGUUAUCUCGGCAGCAUGUAGCCACGGUUUUAUUUGUCAUUUGUCAUACGUGACAGUUAUUUAGAUAUGCAGGUGAUAGUUUCCAAAGAGGUUUGUUAAGGCUGUCAUUAUGGAUAGCAUUAGACGUGUUCUUAAUUAUUUUUGUAUUUUUAUUUCGUGUAAAUGGUGUACUUUAAUAGUUUUAUUGUAAUUAUGCAUGCCUUUUCAAACCAGCUUAUGAGUUACACUGUGCAUCAGGUCUUUUAUUUAAACUUAUUUUGUCAUUGCUCUUCCUUUACGUUAUUUAGCAAUCGCAUAUUAUUAUAUUCUCUUAUUGUGACAGUCACAUUUUUAGCAUACCGGAGUUCUCACAAUUCUGUAACCAGAACAGCUGCUUUCUUACUUUCGAAUAUCGCAACAUGUACGUAGCUGUCAACUUUUGCACUGUCUAGAUCUCUAUGAGAUAUCGCUAAAUCCGGUUGGAUAUCAGAUUCAGAUAAGAUCUAGGUGCUGUCAUUUAUCGAUUUCCCUUGCAUGUACGUUAUACGGAUCAGUUCGAUGUGGAGCAUUGUAUGAGCUAUCUGACAACGUGUUCAUGGAACAUUAAAAAGUCAAGUCAUAAGUCAAGUCACGUGCUUAUUUGAGUCAUAAUAUAGCAUGUGCCCUGUUCGGCAUAAAUUAAGUAAACCAGUGCCUGGGCUUCACGUGUUUUUUUUGUCUGUGUUACGUUUGUGUACAAAUACGUGUGUGAUCAGAUGGUUAUAUCCUUAUUUAUUGGUGAGUGCUGGUAAUGUCACUAAUAAUGCGAGUAAUAAAGAUAUAACUUAUUGAAACUAUUA